AUGUGUGAUCAUUCUCACGGUGGACACUGCUGUCACUCGUUGGACAUCUCCGAGCCGGCCUCUGCAUUUAGCCUCUACCAGUUCGUCGAUCUCGUCCAUCUCGAAUGUUUGAACGAAGCAGUCCCGGGGACGGGGAAAUCUGUGUUCAAACCGUAUGAAGACCGGAAAGACUCGUCCAAGUUUGUCGAGAGUGAUGCCGACGAGGAAUUGUUGUUCAACAUCCCGUUCACGGGGAAUGUGAAAUUGAAAGCCAUCAUUAUCGCUGGUGACUCGGGUGAUCAGCACCCGAAUCAUGUGGCGUUUUAUAAAAACAGACCAUUCAUGACAUUUGCGGACACAAAUACCGAACCAGACCAGUCCUUGGCUUUAACGAUCGAUCCGUUUGGCGAGGUCAUAUACCCGCUGAAACCGGCCCGAUUCAACGGGGUUCGGCACCUGACGAUUCACAUUCAGUCCAAUCACGGCGCGGAAACAACUCGGUUGCACUAUAUCGGUUUACGUGGUGACUUUACUCCGGUCGCACGCCAAGAAGUGGUGAUUGCUAACUACGAGCUGGCCCCGAAUUUGGCCGAUCAUAAAGUGGAUCUGAUCCAGUCCACGCAACAUCUGAUUGAAUAA